AUGUUAACAGAAAAUCGAGGUACUUUCAGCCAUGGCAGCGUAAAGUUUCUUUUUUCAUCAUCAUCAUCAGUAAUGGGUAGAACGAACUGUUCUCAGCAAGUUUCAAACUUGCCCGUGAUGAGUUUUUAUUUUCUUCUCGACACUUAUCUCCAAAAUGGAAAUAGUGCGAGAAGUAAACUCGUACCACACCCGACUGAUGUUCCCAUGAUGAUGGAAACUUCAGUUAACCUGCGAAAAUUCUAG